AUGGAUGUCAUUGCCUACAACUCAGAAGGCAAAAGCAGUCCAAGUGAGACAGUAGAAUACGUUACUUGUCCAGACAAGCCUGGAGUACCUUCAAAACCCACAGUAAAAGGAAAAAUUCAUGCACAGAGUUUUAAAAUAACCUGGGAUCCGCCAAAAGACAAUGGAGGAGCAGCAAUAAAUACUUACGUUGUGGAAAUGUCUGAAGGCUUAAAUGGAAACAAAUGGGACACAAUAUACAGCGGAGCUGCAAGGGAGCACGUGUGUGACCGACUAAAUCCUGGCUGUUCCUAUCGCUUACGUGUGUAUUGUGUUGGGGAAGGAGGACAAAGCACG